UUUGUUAGAGCCGCUGGCAUAACCGCAGUGGACCUCGCUGACGACCUCUUGAAAGCCUACCCAAGCUCGUACGCCUUGAUAGUCAGCACAGAGGUUGUCAGCUUCACCUGGUAUGGCGGGAACGAGCUGGACAUGCUGCUCCCCAACUGCUUCUUCCGGAUGGGGGCCGCCGCCGUGCUGCUCUCCAACAACCGCCUUGAGCGGUGGCGGUCAAAAUAUCAACUAAACCAUGUGGUACGGACGCACAAAGGAAUGGACGACCGGAGCUAUAGGAGCAUACAGCUCAAGGAAGACGCGGGAGGAAAGCAAGGGUUGUCAGUGAGCAAAGAUGUGGUGGAAGUGGGAGGGCAUGCUCCCAAGGCCAACAUUACCACACUAGGGCCACUGGUGCUGCCUGUUUCCGAGCAGUUACAUUUUUUCAAGUCGCUGGUGUGGAAGAAGAGCAGCUCGUCCAAGCCCUACAUCCCCGACUACAAGCUGGCGUUCGAGCACGUGUGCAUACUGGCGACGAGCAGGAAAGCACUAGACGAGAUGCAGAAGAACCUGGACCUUACAGACGAGUACAUGGAGGCGUCAAGAAAGAUGUUGGAGCGGUUUGGAAACACGUCGAGCAGCAGCAUCUGGUAUGAGCUAGCUUACUUGGAAGCCAAGAGCAAGAUCAAGUGUAACAGUGCUGUAUGGAAAGCUAUCAGAACUGUUAAGCAUCGCAACAGAAACCCAUGGAAGGAGAAUUGAACUAUCAAUUUACAAGGCAGCAUCAUAUAAUCUAUCUACUUAGAUAAAAAACAUUCAAUAAACUUAAUUAAUUUCAUGGAUAGUGGUAUGAGUUUACUGCCCACUCUAGUUUCUGAUUGUAAAACUUUCAUUAUUGAAGUUAAUUUUUCAGUCUUAA